ACUUAAAUCAUGAAGGUUGCCUUGUUUCUUCUUGCUGUACUACCAUUUACACUGGGAGCCAGCAUUGGUGAAAAAAGAUUCAUAGAAUCGUUACUUGGUGGAUAUGACAUCCUAGAUUUAGCCAAACAGUUGCUCAGUCAGUUUGGAUGUGAUGAAACUGAGGCACAGUGUGAAACCGCACUUUGCCCGCAACUUUUAAACCCUAUUGACCACAGCAACCAACUUAUUACCGGUCUCGUCUGCAGUGGUGUUUGUAAAGAAGCUCAGGUGCUUGCCAAGAAUUUUGGAACUGGAUCGUCGACUGGGGUAGAUCCUUGUACUGGUGGUGGCCUCACAGGUGUUCUUGGUGGAUAAAAAGGAUAUGCUCUGCAAUGCUUCAUUAAAUUCAGUAUUAACCUAAGCAGCUGAAAUAAAGAUUUCAAAAUAUC